CAUUUGGAAACUCGGGCACUGCCUGAGGGCCCGGGGUCAGUAGGGGGCCCCAUGAGAUGCCCCUGGUACCUUUUUCAUAGGCUUUUUUGAGUUUUUUUUGAGUUUGGGCAAGGACACAGGGGCCCCAUGAUCCCCUAUUGCCCGGGGGCCCCAUGAGUUGUCAGUCCGCCCCUGUAUAUCAGAACAUCUUUCUCCACUUGUCUUCUUUACAGAUGUCUUACAUGAAGAGAACUAAGCAUGCAACCUGGCUGAGCUACCUCAGUCUCAUCAUGUGUUGCCUC